CACCCUACCGUUUAGCUCACUGGGAGAAGGAAAGGAAAAGAAAAAAAGGACGAAGCGAGCACAGGUGGCGGCGGCAAUGGCGGCGGCGACGACGACGGUGAGCAACAAGAGGGUGAUACUAAAGCGGUACGUGACGGGAGCCCUCUCCGAGGAUGACAUGGAGGUGGUGAUGGCGGAGGCAACGUUGGACGUCCCGAUAGGGUCGAAGGCGGUGGUGGUGAAGAAUCUCUAUGUCUCGUGUGAUCCCUACAUGCGUAACCGGAUGACCCACCAUGAGGUGCCGAGCUAUGUCCCGGACUUUGUCCCAGGGGAGGUCUUGGCAAAUUUUGGCGUGUCGAAGGUGAUAUCAUCCGGACACCCAGAUUUCAAGGCCGGUGAUCUUGUCUGGGGGAUAACAGGAUGGGAAGAAUACACUGUGAUCAACAACCCAGAGUCACUUUUCCAUAUCAAUCACCCUGAACUUCCUCUGACCUACUACACUGGUGUUCUGGGAAUGCCUGGGCUUACUGCAUAUGUUGGAUUCUUCGAAGUAUCCAAGCCUAAGAAAGGUGAGUAUGUCUUCGUCUCAGCGGCAUCCGGCGCCGUCGGUCAGAUUGUUGGUCAGCUUGCUAAGAUUACAGGCUGCUAUGUGGUUGGCAGUGCUGGCUCUGAUGAGAAGGUCAACCUCUUAAAGACCAAGUUUGGCUUCGAUGAUGCUUUCAACUACAAGGAGGAGCCAAACCUUGAGGGAGCUCUAAGGAGGUUCUUUCCGAAGGGGAUCGACAUCUACUUCGAGAAUGUUGGUGGCAAGACGCUAGAUGCCGUGUUGCCCAACAUGCGACUGGGUGGCCGGAUUGCGGCAUGCGGGAUGAUCUCGCAGUACAACCUAGAGCAGCCAGAGAGGGUGGGGAAUCUUUUCUACAUUGUCACGAAGCACCUACGCAUGGAGGGGUUCUUGGUGUUCAACUACUAUGAUAUGUACUACCGGUUUGAGAAGGAGAUGGCCGAAUACCUAAAGGAACGGAAGGUGACUUAUGUGGAGGACAUUGUUGAGGGGAUUGAUUCGGCGCCAUCGGCGCUUCUCAAGCUCUUCACCGGUCAUAAUGUUGGCAAACAACUUGUCACUAUCGCACAUGAGUAAUGCACCGCACUACUUGGUUUGGGCGUCCACUUUUAGUAUGCAUGUUUAGGGGCGUCAACCCUAGAAAACCCUAACCACCACCUAAGGUGUGCCACAAUUUGGACCAUUAUAUACAGAGAGAAAAUUCCCUACAUAGCUUUGUUCAAUCCCUUAUGUAUUUCUGAAUUUUACUUUAUUCCUUUCAUGCCACUUAAUUUUGAUUUUGAUCAUCUCUAUGCU